CCAGCAUUACUAUUCAUGACAGAUCAUUCGUUGCCUUGGACCUUGUUGAGCAGGUCCCGGAGUCCACAACUACACAGCCUGUCUAGAAAAGAACUCAAUCCCCCAUGCCCCGGUCUGCGGCAGGGCCGUUCUCUUUCUAGCAGGGUGGUCUACCAGUUGAUAUGCUUUUUCGAGUAUCCUGACCUUGACGGCAUUUUGUCCUUCCCACACUUGAGAUACUAUUCUCCUGCACUCCUUUGGUUCGAGGGCUCUACCCUCACGGUCUCUCAUUCCGCUGUGUGUCUACCUCCCAAGUAGGAAUUUCUCAUCAGCCACACGCACACGUACACAGAUUACAUAUUUUCCCUCCCACGGCGUGUAUAAAUCCUGCGGCGUACGGACUGCCUUUCGCAGCUCCAUCUUUCCCUCUUUCACAGCCUUUUCUUCGCACAAGCAAGUCUAGGCAAUUUUGCCUUCAAGGUAAGGUCACAUCAAGUCUUAUCAAGUGUAACGAGUGCAACAUACAGAUAACUAAUCAUCGAUAGUGCACCGUCGUCAAGAUGAUUAUCCCCGAGGCCACCACGGCGCUGAGCGCCAACAUGCAGGUUGUGAGAGCUCUCCCACCUCAUCUUCUCCCCAAGGCGGACGCCGUAUUCGCCAUGGAGGCCGAGUUCCCCUCGCGCAUCGUCCUCGACCUCUACACCAACGACAUUGGCACCUUCUCCGUCUGGGGCCGCAAGAACUACACCGACAUCACCAUCACCCAGACUCCCGCCGCCGACGGUGCUGACAACACCGUCGCCAAGAACGACGACGCCGGCGAGCCCUCGUCCGCCAUGUGCGGCGAGAACGAGCUCGUCUGCGACAAGGCCCACCAGGCCAUGGCCAGCGUCUGCUAUCGCCUCAUCAAGGUCCUCAAGAUAGACAAGGCCAACGACAUGAUCCGCGGUACCCCGCAGGACUACUGUCUCGAGAUCGAGACGGCGCGGUGCUGCGUCAGCUGGACCGCCUUCAUUGACAAGCCGACGCCCGUCGCGGAGCUCGUGCCCGCCGCGGAGAUUGUGUACGAUAACUGCCGUGACAUCAUGCGCAGCUACGUCUCUGGCAAGGUGUAUGGUGUUAUUGUGGGCAAUCACUGCAUGGACCAGUGCCUUUCUGAACGGCCGGAUGGCUGCUGAUCGUGGUAUGUUUUCUGAGCUUUCUGGGUUUCUUGACCCCGUGACUGCUUUGCUUUGUGAACCCUGUUGGCUAACUUUGGGUGUUGUCUGUCAAGGUGACGAACCUGGGAGCGGGGAGUUUUCUGGAUCGUGGUUCUAAUGUUUAAUACCAAUGGGUACUCCUGCUUUGGGAAGAGUGCCAGGUCAGGUCAGAUUUAUUUCACGCUAGCUACACACUAACUACAAUACACCGUCAAUUGCUUCGUACACUUUGUCGAAGCCA